AAGAAUCGAAGAAGCUCGUCUGCGACUGCGUUCUUUUAAUUAUCGCGAAAUUCCUAUCAAUUUAGCUAAAUUGUAACCCUAGUGUUAAUAUUACAUUAGUAAAUUCGUUAAAGUUGUUAUUAUGGCAGACAAGAAAGUGACCCCACCCCUCGGCGCGUACCCGCAGCCGCAGCCGCCGCAGGGCCCCUUCCUGCCCGCGCCGCCGCACCAGGCCGCGCCGCAGUAUGGAGUAGCGGGCGGGUCGCCGUACGGCGUGGCGUUCGGCGGGGCGGGCGCGGGCGCGGGCGGCGUGUACGCGCCGCCGCCCUAUGACCAGCUGCAGCACCACCAGGCCAUCCCGGCUCUUAGCCAGCAGCUGCCUUACCCACAAAAUGUAUCGCAGAUGUACAGCCCGGCCGCCGCCAUGUACGCGGCCGCGGCCGGCUACCCCGGCUACAUCGGCUACCCCGUGCAGUACUACCCCUACUACCCCACGGCCGUGCAGCCCUCCAUACAGCCUCUGCGCCCGACCAUCAUGAUACCGAACGGCUUCGAGGCGGGCGGUCGGUUCGAGGGGCUCACGCAGACGCUGCUGCCGCCCGCGCCGCCCGGCGUGCCCCCCUCCCCCGCGCACCUCGCCGCCCUGCAGCCCCACCAAGUGCUGUGGCGUUAAACGAAUGAGCGGUCGCGACCGCGGCAUCAGUAACCAUUGACCGGCGGACGGCACUCAAUCUCGUCUAUACAAUACAACACUAAACAACACCAUACUACACGGAUCACUCUGGGGUAACACUCACUUCUGUCGAACCAUUGACUUACUGUAUUAGCAAGACUACCAAUCGCUGGGUACAUUUGGAUAUCUGUCGACUGACUGCGCACUUCAUUUAAAGCAAAACGACUUCAUUUAAAGCAAAAAUGACUUCAUUUAAAGCAAAAAUGACUUCAUUUGAAACAAAAAUGACUUCAUUUAAUCCAAAAAUGGCUUAAUUUAAUCUGAAAAUGAGAUCAUAUAAACCAGUGGGUAACAUUAGAAAGGCCGAGAAAUAUCUAAGCAUAGUGUUAUAGUAAUUUCGUUCUACGCAAUGCUAUAGAGACACAAAAGCUGUGCUUACCAUAGUUGAUAUACCUUAUCAAAAUAAUACUUCAUAAUCAAUGAAUACUAUUAAAUAGGUAUACUAUGUGUAAACUCCAAGCGAACUGCGCAGUCAGUUGGCAGCUUUGUGUCAACUACACUAGAGCCAUAUCCAAACUGCAAUAUAUCCAUAUCCAAAAUUUUAUCAAAAACAUAACAAAUUAUCUCUUUCUUUACAGUCAAAUAAGUAAUGCAGUCGCGUGAGCUUACCUUGGUACAUUUAACUUAUUAAACGUGAUUGUGAGUCUUGCUUGGUACAGUCAGUCAGUGUGAAAUCUAUCCUAUCCAGUGUAACUUUAAACUAAGUAAUAAUGAUUUAAGAAUUACAAAAAUUACUAUAAGUAUGUAUAAGAAAUGAAUAUUAUUUCGUCGAUUAUUGUAUCGAGUUUGUCUAAAAACUGAAUAUCUGUAUGUAUGUUGUAAUGUGUAAAAUAACUGUAAGUCUACAUAUUAUAAGAUUUGUAUGAAAUUCAUAUCGCAAACGUAUUUGUCCGUAAAAUACAUGAA